UCAUAUUCUCUAACAAAAGCUCUUAAAGUUUCUACUUUCAAACCUCAAAAACAAAAACUCUCAUAUUUUCACUUCAAAAACUGUCCACAAAACAUUUCUAGCUUAUUCACACCUUGUAUUGUAUUCUAUUCAAGCCACAAACACAUUUCUCUCACAAUUGACACCUUUUAGUCUUUUGAACAAACAUGGAGAACUUCUUUGGUUUUGCUGAUCAUAAAGAUUUCUUCUCUCGUAGAUGCAUUUGGGUUAAUGGUCCAGUCAUAGUUGGUGCUGGCCCAUCUGGGCUAGCCACAGCUGCUUGUCUUAGAGAACAAGGAGUACCCUAUGUAGUCCUUGAAAAAGCUGAUUGCAUAGCUUCCUUGUGGCAAAAGCGCACCUAUGACAGGCUAAAGCUUCACCUCCCUAAGCAAUUUUGCCAGCUCCCUAAGCUUCCUUUCCCACAAGAAUUCCCUGAAUACCCAACAAGGAUUCAAUUCAUAGAGUAUUUGGAGGACUAUGCUAAGCACUUUGAGAUCAACCCACGAUUCAAUGAGUGCGUUCAGUCUGCUAGGUACGAUGAGACUAGUGGAUUGUGGCGUGUCAAGACUUCUGAAGCUGAAUACAUUUGCCAUUGGCUUGUGGUGGCCACAGGCGAGAAUGCUGAGGUUGUCCAGCCUGAUAUUGAAGGAUUAACUGAGUUUAAAGGUGAUGUCAUGCACGUUAGUGAGUACAAGUCCGGCAAGAAGUAUGAAGGGAAGAAAGUACUAGUUGUGGGGUGUGGCAAUUCUGGCAUGGAAGUUUCUCUUGAUCUUUGCAACCAUAAUGCCUCACCAUCCUUGGUGCUUCGUGACUCGGUUCAUGUCUUACCAAGAGAAAUACUUGGGAAAUCUACAUUUGAAUUGGCGGUUUUGAUGAUGAAAUGGCUUCCCCUUUGGCUAGUUGACAAGCUCCUCUUGUUUCUUACGUGGUUGUCGCUCGGAAGCAUUGAGAAAUAUGGGUUGAAAAGGCCUGCAGUUGGGCCAAUGCAGCUCAAGAACACUAUGGGGAAGACUCCUGUGCUGGACAUUGGUGCAUUGGACAAAAUCAAAUCUGGUGGCAUUAAGGUUGUUCCUGGAGUCAAGAGGUUCUUACACAACCAAGUAGAACUUGUAAAUGGCGAGAUGCUUGAUGUUGAUUCAGUUGUUUUUGCCACUGGAUACCGCAGCAAUGUCCCUUCUUGGCUUCAGGAAAGUGAGUUCUUCUCCAAGAAUGGAUUUCCAAAAGCAGCAUUCCCACAUGGGUGGAAAGGAAACAGUGGACUCUAUGCAGUUGGGUUCACAAGGAGAGGGCUCUCUGGUGCGUCCUUAGAUGCCAUAAGAAUAGCACAAGAUAUUGGCCAAGUCUGGAGGGAGGAAACUAAGCAAAAGAAGAGAACCACAGCUUGCCAUAGAAGAUGUAUUUCCCAGUUCUAAACAUUCAAUAUUUCAACUUAAUCAUCCAGUGAAUCUCAGUUGUUUAGUGAGAUUUUUGUAGAGUAAAAAAGAAAAAAAGAAAAAAAAUAAUGACAUUGUAUAAAAACACAAAGAAAGAAACAGAUAGCACAGAGUUAGAGCCCUCUCCAAAGGCCCAAGUUUUCAGGUGUUUUGGGCAUUUUGUAAACUGAGGAUGAUGUGGCUGUUCUUGUUCCUUUUUUUUUUUUUUUUUUUUUUGGGAGUUUCAUACAGUUUGUGUACCAUAUUCAAUGAAGUUAAAUGACAAAAGUUUCUUUUUUCACUAUUA